AGUGUGACGGGUCCGGGCACGAGGUAACGGCGAUGGCGCUGAGCAGAGUCCGCCUGUUCCAGCCCCACGGGGAGGGCACCCGGCUGCUGCCCCAGACAUCCAGGCUGGUGGAGCUGCCCUACUCCUCCUUUGAUGACGAUGAUGACGAUGACACGGCUGAGCAGGACCCCGACCCCCCCAAACUGAGCCCCUUCAGCCGCUGUGUGCGCUGCCUGGCCUUCCUCUGGAACCUCCUCUUCCUCCUGCUGGGGCUGCUGACGCUUGCUGUGGGGGUCUGGGGGCUGCUGGCCAAGAGCCCCUUGCUCGGGGGGGAGCCUGAGGUGCCCCUGGACUCGGACCCCAUGCUGCUCUUCGUGCUGGUGGGGCUGGGAGCCAGCACCGUGUCCCUGGCCGGCUGCCUGGGCGCUUUCCGAGCCAGCCCCUGCCUGCUGCGCUUCUUCCUGGGUGCCGUGCUGGCUUUCGGGGGGCUGGAGGUGCUGGGGGGGCUCCUGCUGCUGCUGGCGUGGCGGCGGCUGCGGGACGCGCUGCGGGACCUGCUGCUCCUCUGCCUCCUGCGCUACCAGGAUGAUCCUGACCUGCAGUUCCUGGUGGAUGAGGUGCAGCGGAGCCUCCAGUGCUGCGGCCUCGAGUCCUACCGCGACUGGGAGAGCAACCCGUACUUCAACUGCAGCGCUCCGGGCGCGCGGGCGUGCGGCGUGCCGGCCUCGUGCUGCCGGGACCCGCUGCAGGCCGGCUCCGUGCCCAACGCGCAGUGCGGCUUCGGGGUGCUGGGGCUGGGGGCGGCGGCGGCGGGCGCGGCGGUGCACGCGGGGGGCUGCGGGGCCGCGCUGGGCGCCUGGCUGCGGGCCCAGGCCGGGGCCAUCGCCGCCGGGGCCGCCGCCCUGGUGCUGGUGGAGGCCGUGGGAGCGCUGCUGGCGCUGCGGGUGCUCGGGGACGUGGAGGCCGUGAGGGCACGCGUGGGCAGGGGGGCCUCGACCUACGGGGCAGCACUACGGGGUCAGUGA